AUGGGUGAGCCAAUCCGCGACAAACCUCUGCACGGGGAUCAGAUCCCCGCCGCGCACCUCCAGCCGCCGAUCGCCGUUGUGGGGAUGGGAUGCCGUCUGCCUGGCAACAGCAACUCACCACAAGCCCUCUGGCAGUUCAUCUCCAACGGCUCAGUCGCCGACAACGUCCCUCCGACGAGUCGCUUCCGUUACGCGACGCACUAUGACGGCUCCGGACGCGCGGGAACGACGCCGUCCCCGGGUGCCAUGUUCCUCGGGGACGAGAUCGACAUCGCGGCCUUCGACGCGGCCUUUUUCAACACGAGCCACCAGGAGGCCGGGAGCAUAGACCCUCAACAGCGACAGCUUUUAGAGGUCAUGUACGAAUGCCUCGAGAAUAGCGGCGAGACCCUCGAAAGAAUCCGAGGCGCCAACGUUGGUUGCCUCGUCGCCAACAAUGGCUGCGAGUACGAGAGCGGUACUACGCGCGAUCCGGAGGACCAGAUUCCAGGGCGAAGCACUGGAUGCGGCCGCUCUAUUCUUGCGAACAGGAUUUCUCACUUUUUAGACAUCACGGGACCCAGCAUCGCUAUUGAUACCGCCUGCUCUGGAACUCUGGUCGCCGUCGACAUGGCUUGUCGGUACCUCCAGUUUCAGCAGGCAGAUGCGAUGAUUGUAGCGGGUGCUUUGCUGUACCUCGACCCAUCAGCACAGCAAGACCGCGGUCCCAUGCACGGCGCGCUUUCCACGUCCGGCAGAUGCCACACCUUUGACGCCAGAGCCGAUGGCUACAUGAGGGCCGAAGGCGUCAACGCCGUGUACCUGAAGCGCCUCGACGAUGCGAUCCGCGACGGAGAUCCCAUCCGCGCCGUCAUUCGCGGCAGUGCCACGACGGGCGACGGCCGAACGCCAAGCCUCACACAGCCCAACCCGGACGCGCAGGCAAACGCGAUACGUGCCGCCUACAGGAACGCGGGCAUCACCGACUUCAGCGCGACCGGCUAUGUGGAGUGUCACGGCACGGGCACUCUGGCGGGCGACCCGCUCGAGAUCACCGGUCUCGCUUCGGCCUUUGCGUCAACGCGUCCUGCCGACCAGCCGCUGAUCAUCGGGUCUAUCAAGAGCAACAUUGGGCACUCUGAAUGUGCGGCAGGGCUGUCUGGACUCAUCAAGGCGGUCAUGGCUGUUGAGCGCGGUGUCAUUCCCGGAAACCCGACGUUCAUCACGCCGAAUCCCAAGAUUGAUUUUGAAGGAUCGGGAGUCCGAGCAUCCCGCACAGCCAUGCAAUGGCCGAGCUAUGCGGCCCUGCCACGCCGUGCCAGUGUUAACUCCUUUGGAUUUGGUGGAUCGAACGCGCAUGUUGUUCUUGAAGCAGCGGAAACUUUCAUGCAAGAUGAGGGCUACCGCAAGACGUUCAAGACGUUGCAGGACCAACACAAACCAUACACAAGCAAUCAGAACGUGUCAUGGAAAGACAGACUUCGUCUCUUGACGUUCUCGGCAAAUGACAGGGAAACGUUGCCGAGCAAUGUAAGGGUCGUCUCGGACUAUUUGAGGGAUCCAUGCGUCAAUGCCCAGGUCGACGAUGUCGCGUAUACACUCUCUGAUCGUCGAACGCACCACUUUCAUCGCGGUUUUGUGGUUGCCGAUUCACUGGAUUUCGAUCCCAGUAAAAUCAUCACCGGCAAGCGAAAGGCGCAACCCCCUCGCAUCGGCUUCGUCUUCACCGGGCAAGGCGCCCAAUGGCCUCAGAUGGGCAAGAGCCUGAUCGAGAACAUACCUCUGGCACGCAGCGUCGUUGAUGAGCUCGACUCGGCUCUGCAGACAUUACCGAAUGCUCCCCAAUGGACAUUGCUGGCUGAGCUGACCGAAAUGAGAGAUACAGCGACGCUUCGUUGCCCGGAGUUCUCUCAGCCUCUGGUCACCGCUUUGCAACUCGCCCUGCUUGCUGUUUUGCAAGACUGGGGCAUCGUGGGUCACAAGGUCCUGGGCCAUUCAUCUGGUGAGAUUGCUGCCGCCGUCGCCGCCAAUCUCAUCACACCUGCGGAAGCAAUCAAGACCGCCUACCUCCGUGGGCAAGCUGCAAAGAGGCAGUCUUCUGACGGGAAUUUGGGAAUGAUGGCGGUAGGCGUCUCUGCGUCUGAUGUCGAGAAAUAUUUGAGACCUGACGUCUACGUUGCUUGCUUCAACAGUCCCACGAGUCUGACAUUGUCUGGCCCCGUAUCCACUCUCGAAUCCAUUCGCGAAGACCUUCAGAAUGACGGGCAUUUUGCGCGUCUACUCCAGGUCGACCUGGCCUAUCACUCCCCUUUCAUGCGUGAAGUUGCCGACGGUUAUCACAAGAUGCUCCAGGAGCACUGCCCUCCAUCUGGCAAGCAUCUUAGAGGCAACUCCAUGCUCUCCUCUGUUACGGGACACGCCAUGUCCUCGCGGAUAGGGCCUGAGUACUGGAAAGCCAACAUGGUCAAUCCCGUGCGGUUUGCGGCGCCCGCCGCGGAAAUGCUCUCCGGGCCUGACGCAUGCGACUUUAUCGUUGAAGUCGGCCCCUCUGGGGCGCUGGCUGGUCCCCUGUCGCAAGUAAUCAAGUCUCUGCCCGGUGGUGGGAAGAACAUCCAGUAUGCUGCGGCCGCAAGUCGAGGAUCAGAGACCCUGGCUGCUCUUUUCGAAGUAGCAGGGAAGGUCUGGGCGAGGGGCGGCCCUGUCAAGCUGGCCAAGGUCAAUGCGUAUGACCGCCCUUCCGUCCUUGUUGAUCUGCCAAACUACCAAUGGAAUCACUCCAGGCGGUACUGGCGAGAAGGACUCUCGACGGAGGAGUACCGCCAACGGCCGUUCAUAUCACACGAGCUCCUCGGGUCCAAAGUUCUUUCUACUAGUUGGCAGUUUCCCACAUGGACCAAAGUCAUUCAUCUGUCGGAUUUGCCGUGGCUAAGGGACCAUCGCAUCAACGGCGAAGUCAUCUUCCCAACUGGAGCAUAUGUUGCCAUGGCGGCUGAGGCCAUCCGCCAGUCCAAAUGA